GUUAUUGAUGCAACUUCAUUAGGUUGGGGCACCAGAGUGAAAGGCUUCAUUGCUUGUUUUGCAAUAGGAUGCCUGUGCUCCCUCUUGGGUAGUUGUCUGCUAUGGGUACCAACGAAAGGGCUGGUGCUCUUUGCAGUGUUUUAUACACUGGGGAAUAUUGCAUCUAUUGGGAGCACUCUUUUUCUUAUGGGACCAAUGAAACAAUUGAAAAGGAUGUUUGAGCCUACACGUUUGAUUGCCACAAUUGUUAUGCUGUCGUGUCUCAUACUAACACUGUGUUCUGCUUUCUGGUGGCCUAAGAAAGGACUUGCGCUCCUUUUCUGCAUUUUACAGUUUUUUGCCUUGGCAUGGUACAGCAUUUCCUUCAUACCAUUUGCAAGGGAUGCUGUGAAGAAAUGUGUUUCGGUCUGUCUGUCCUAA